GAGUUGCGACUGUGUGGCGGGCGGGUGGGGGCCGGCGGGUUAUACCGCGGCCGCGGCGGCAGUGCGGCAGACGCGGACAUGGCCGCCGGCUGCACAGUGGCGCUGGUCUGCGGGGCGGCCCUGCUGCUCGGCCCUCUGCGGGCGGCCGUGGCCGCGCACCUGCCUCCUGACUACCCAGUCUGCAAGAGGGACAGCCCCGACGUGAACGACUGUUUAAAGAAGGCGCUGACCGUGGUCGUCAAGCUGCUGGCCACAGGUAUCCCGUCGCUCGGCGUGGUGCCCGUCGAUCCUCUGGACGUCCCGCUGAUCGAGAUCAGCGACGGCACCAAGAACAUCAACCUCAGGAUCACGUUCCGGAACGUGCACAUCACCGGGCUGUCCCAGGCGUCGGUCAGCAGCGCCAGCCUGGACCUGGCCAACAACAAACUGGAACUCUCCGGAGUGGAGCCCCAUCUUGUCUUUGAAGCGGACUACGAGAUGAGUGGCAAGUUCCUGGUGGUGCCUGUGGAGGGCUCCGGCCGCUGCAGGUUCAUCUUCACCAACUUGGCAGCAGAAUUAAAACUCAUAUCUGAACGCCAAAUGAAAGGAAACCAGGAAUACUGGGACAUGAAGCAACUUCUCCUCAACAUCCCAAGACUUGAGCGUUUUGAAGUGAACUUCGAGAACCUCUUCAAUGGUGACCAAACACUAGGUCCCAAUUUCAACCGCCUGCUGAACGAAAACUGGACUGAGUUUUGGGGAGCCCUGCGUCCGACCUUCGAGGAGUCCUUCGGGCUCAUCUUCAAGUCCUUAGCGGCCAACGUGUUUGGGAAGGUACCAUUGGACGAGGUGUUCCUUCCAAAAUAGAUGCAGACCCUCCCAACACACGCUGCCGGCUCGCACUACAUCGCUCUCCUGCCAAGCUGCUCCUAAGCACAGCACUACACACAUGGGUAGCGUGCAGUCCCGCUCCUCUCUCUACAAUCCGUCACACAUUGUCAGCAAACUUUGCUCAUAAAUGAGGCUCAUCAUCCAAGAUAUUCUCAUUAGCAGAGUAACAACUGUCAAUAUUUUACAGACAGGAUCUUCGUUUUUACCAUUUGCACUUACCAAACUGAACGAUGAACGAUGUGACAAGAAAUUUUAAGUACGUGCAUGGUUAACUAAAAUUAGAUUGUCGCCUUGCUAACUCAUUCUCUCAUCUCACCAGUUACACAGUACCGACUGAUUGUGGCAGAUACAUCUGACGUCGUACCUGGUUCACAUAUAUUGCUAGUGAGCACAUGAUAUCUCACAAAGUGAGUGUUAUUACGUAUAAAUGUCGUCGUUUAGGUGGGCAGCUGCUAUCUACAUCUGCUCACCAAAAGUGGUGCUCCUUUUGCCUUAGUGACAAAUUAGCCCAAUAUUUACAGGUGCAUUGAAUACUGAAUGUUUUUACCAGUAAAACUUUAUUUUGCAAUAGGUUAAAUACACAUAGAAUGGAUAGAACAACAGAGCUAAGAUACCAAGCUGAUGUACUGUAGCCCUACACAACAUUCGAAGGUUUUAGCAGAUAACAGGAAGUCCAUUGGAAGCCAAUAUAUGUCCAUUGAUCCAUAAUUACUUCAAAGGAAUGUUAGAACCUUAAUCCCCAGGUUAAAAUAUCAAUGAAUGUGAUUUCUAACUCACUCAUUAGUGUACACAUUAUCGUAUCAAACAUUUUGUAAAAGCUACCAACUUGAACAGCCGCAGCAAAUCAUGUACCAUAAUAAAUAAUACAUCAAAGGAAAA